GAGGGGGGGUUAUGAGCUUUGAAACAAGUUUUAUCGUGAGGAUAUGCGAAUGAUAUCUACCGGUGUAGCGUGUUUUGCAUUGGGCCCGUCGUCGAUGCUCCAUUACGUCGGAUAGACACUGGGCUCUUAGCACUUUCUCGCUUCUCUGUUUCGAUAAUUCGCUUUGUGGGUUGUGUGUCGAGGGUGUCGCAAUUGACUGUAUCUAGAGCUGCUAAUGUGCAUGUCUUUGCGCACAUGUGUUUUUUCGAGUUGUAAUGCGUUCGCUUCUGUGUGCGAUUGUGUGUUGCACUUUCGUUCUCUUGAACCCUCAAGAACGGCUUGGUUUUCAUUCUUGAGCUAUCAUCAGUUCUUACGAUAGCAACCUAAUUUCGUAUUUAGAUUCACAUGGGGGUAACAUCUGGUCUGCGGAAGCUUCACUUUCAAACCACGUAAUGGCUAGGGCGCCGCAGAGGGUAUUCGUUGCAAUUUUGUGGAAAGAUGGUAAAAUAGUCAUGAUCGAAUCUGCUAAAGACUAGUUUCGGAGGGUGUAUACUAAUAGAGAGCAUCGUUGAAAUCGUCGAGCAUUAUGCAGUAGACGUAUUCAAGGCACAGAAACAAUGUGUUGAAUUGCGAGGGUUGCGUCGUUGGGAUUGAAUUUUGACAUUGGCAAGUGGUACCCCUUGCGACAGGUGUGCAACCAUAGACGCUAGAAUUUGAUGUCAGUGGUAUCCCGAGCCGAUCUGUUGAGCCUUUGAUUGAAACAAAGCAGGAUUGAUAGUCACUUUUGGAAUUACAAAUGGGGAGCGACACCGAUUCAAGUUUUGGUCAAGAAAAUGGAGAUAUUCCUGGGCACAAGAAUAAGGUUGAUUUGCAUGCGAUAAGUAAGAUACCAUCCUGGUUGCAAUCUGAAAGAAGCGCCGUAACAGGAUUCAAGAACAACAGCCCUGAAGAGAUCACAGGCAGACUGUCGCCUCCCGAUUUGAGGACGAUGGUUGCUAGAAACUCUACCGACGCUAAUUACGCAAGCCUGCCCAAGACAGAAGCUGAUGAUGCUGCAUCAAAUUUUCAGUCCCUGAAUCCGAGGUUGUCUGAUAAUGCUAAAAUCAGCGACAAUCAACAUCACCCACUGCAAAAUACUCAAUCCAUGCCCGUAUGGAUGCCGUCGGUGGUUGCAACAACGAUCAGUGAGGAUGCCGAGGAGCAAGUAUUGGAAAAAAUGGGAGAUAUAUCUUUGCAUAAGCUCAGGGAUGACGUUGACAAGGCCUACAGUCCACCGAAUAACAAGCUCAGUGCAACUAAGUCUUUGAAUAGCGUGUCAUCUCCUGACGCCGCUCAUCGUCUUCCGUACAACAAUGAUACUCAGAGGCGAGAAAAGAAGAACACCGAGAAUUCCAAUAUUCGCAAUGCUGGUAAUAAAAUUUCACAUAGGAAGAAGAAAAGGCUCAUGAAGAAAUUAACUAGGGUUCAGGACGAUGGUACGUUGGCCUUUGAUGUUGACGAAAGUAGUAGAAUUGCUGAGGGUGUGUUUGCGCCUGAGGCACGAGGGCCAGCUGAAGACGAGUACUUAGAGGAUGAAGACGAUGGAAUAUGGGAGCAAAUUCCCUCACUGAAGGUUGUGAUGUUAAUUGUUGGCACUCGGGGUGAUGUUCAGCCAUUUCUGGCCAUUGGAAGGAAGAUGCAGGAGUAUGGACAUCAAGUGAGGCUAGCGACGCAUGCUAAUUUUAAAGAAUUUGUUAAAUCAGCAGGCUUAGAGUUUUUCCCCCUGGGAGGUGAUUCAAAGGUUCUCGCUGCAUAUAUGGUGAAGAACAAGGGCUUUCUGUCUACAGGACCCAAGGAAGUCAGAACACAAAGAAAACAGAUAAAAUCAAUCGUCAAUUCUCUCCUGGCACCAUGCAUAGAGCCAGAUAUGGAUUCUGGUGUUCCCUUCAAGGCGCAAGUGAUCAUCGCCAAUCCUCCAGCUUAUGGUCAUGUGCACGUUGCAGAGUAUCUCAAGGUUCCUUUGCACAUUUUUUUCACAAUGCCGUGGACACCAACUUCGGCAUUUCCACACCCCUUAUCACGUAUAAACAAACCAGCUGGUUUCAAAUUAUCGUAUCAAGUGGUAGACUCAGCGAUUUGGUUGGGAAUUAGAAGCAUCAUCAAUGACUUUCGCAAGAAGAAGUUGAAGCUUCACCCCAUUCCCUAUUUUAGCUCCCAAGGUUCUGUGACCGAUUUACCAACAGGUUACCUGUGGAGUCCAGCACUUGUACCAAAACCUGACGAUUGGGGUCCUCUAAUUGAUGUAGUAGGAUUCUGCUUCUAUCAUCAAGCUGAUGAAUACAAGCCUCCCGAAGACUUGGUGAAGUGGCUUGAAGCAGGACCAGCACCGAUUUAUAUCGGCUUUGGAAGUCUUCCUCUCGGAGAUCCAAAAGGGAUGACGAGGAGUAUCAUUGAAUCACUUAGACAAACGAAACAGCGUGGAAUAAUCAACGAAGGAUGGGGCGGCUUGGGCAAUGUGGAUGAACAUCUGGACUUCGUGUAUCUUGUGAAGGAUUGUCCCCAUGAUUGGCUUUUCCCUCGGUGCGCAGCUGUGGUUCACCACGGUGGUGCGGGUACAGUGGCAGCAGGUCUGAAAGCUGCGUGUCCAACAACAGUGGUGCCAUUUUUUGGGGACCAGCCUUUUUGGGGGAAACAGAUUCAUGCGAGAGGUGUGGGGCCAGAGCCUAUUCCAGUCGACUAUUUCUCUGUUGAGAAGCUUGUUGAUGCCAUCAAUUUCAUGGUGAAACCUGAGGUGAAGAAGAAAGCCAUAGAGCUCUCCAAGGCAAUAGAGAAUGAAGACGGUGUACAAGGUGCUGUAGAUGUCUUUCAUAAACAUCUCAGAAAACGGAUACCAGAGAUAAUGCAUGAAACACUGUCAUCUCCACCACGGAAAACCAAAGGAGAAAAAUUUUUCAGCUUUUGCACAUCUUUGUGGACAUGCCAAAGAAGCGAGUCGAAGAAGUGAUUUCCAUGCCUUGACGGUGGGUUUUUGAAAUGCACAGUUCUGUACAUGAUGAACUUCUAACUCCACACUUGAGUAGAAUGCUUUCGUUUGUGGACAAGCACAUUGCUUGCAAAAUUGAUCUCCCAUUCUCCUGAAAAAUCAGGAUCGUCACAUAAGAACGACGAUAGCUAGAGCUUUGAAAAGGGAAGUAGCAUAUCCCUUUGGACAUCAUUUUAUUGUAGCAAAUCAGAAGGGCAUUUUAUCCUUCUACCAAAUUGUACAGUUGCUACUUUAAAGGCAAAAUAGCUUGAGAAUCCACUCGAUUUCAAUGAAUUUUUUUUAUUGAAGA